CUUCUUCUUCUUCUUCUUCUUCUUCUUCACGUUCUCUCAUUUCCCGAUUCUCCAUCUCAGCAAUGAGAGCAUUUGGAGCUCCAAAACAGAGCCUCACACCUCCCCAGCCAUCAGGUUUUGCUAUGAGUAUUGGGCUUCAAAAGCUCUGGUUUGCUAGUCUUGUCUCAGCUUUGUGAAUCGUGUUAGUUUCAAUCAUUGUGAGUAUAUAGUCCCGAAUUGCGUGGUUGGGUAUAUAGUGGGGAUUUGUUCUCUGUACAAAUCUGUGAUUAGAAUAUGAAUUGAAGUAUAUGAAUUUUGGUUGUGAAGCUUAGAGGAGUAGUAUAAUAUAUAUACUGGGGUUUGAGUUUUAUUUGAUUUUUCGAGAGAAAAAAAACAACAUUAUGAUGGAGAGAACAUAGGUUGGUGUACAGUUUUCUGGUACGAAAGGUGGUUUUUCUUAUUCAGUUUGUUGAUUUGUGGAGAGAGGUCUAGGAGUUAAGGGAUGCAGCUGAUUAGGUCUGAGAAAUUGCUUGAUACCAUGGCCAGUGAGGUGUUAUGCUCAUCGGGUCAAUGGAUCCAGCAAGAUUCGAAUAUAGUUGCUCCGAAUGUGGGAAGGAAUUUGCACAUAAGGAAUGUUUCUGUACAGACGGGAGAGGAGUUUUCUUUGGAGUUUCUUCAGGGUGCAGUGAGGAGAGUUCAUUCUGUGCUUGAUGCAGGUCAGAGUUGUGAAAUGCGGGCUGGAGAGGAGUAUAAUCAGAAUUGUACCGCGGCGGAUCAGGAUUUUAGUGGUGUUUUGGGGUUGAGGAGAAUGAAUUCUGAGUGUGCGUCUGACACAUCUGAGUUUGUCUCGGCAAAUGUGUCAUUUAAAGAGAUUGAAAAUGAGGCUAAUGUUGAUAGGCUAAGCAGACACAAUGUGAAGGAGGUUAAUGGUGGAGAAGUAUCAAAGAAGGCUUUUGGAGAACUUAAUUCUGAUCAAGCUGGAAUUCGGCCAACUGCUCCACUUGUUAACAUGGCUGAGUCUCCUCAUUCUGCCAAAUUAAACAGGCCUGGAGUGUUGCAUGGUUCUCAAUCAGGGAAGAUGAAAUUUAUAUGCAGUUUCGGUGGCAAGAUUUUACCCAGGCCUAGUGAUGGAAAAAUCAGAUACGUUGGGGGAGAGAUGCGUAUAAUUUCUGUAAGGAAUGAUGUUUCAUGGGAAGAGCUUGUAAAGAAGACUUCUAGUCUUUGCACCCAGCCUCUUAUGAUAAAGUACCAGCUUCCAAAUGAGGAUCUGGAUCCUCUUAUAUCUGUGUCAUCUGAUGAAGAUCUUCAAAAUAUGAUAGAGGAGUAUCAUGGGUUUGAAAGGGAUGAGUGUUCUCAGAGACCACGUAUCUUUUUAAUUCCUCUGGGAGAGUCUGAAAAUUCUUCCAUUGAGGCUGAUACCAUAUAUUCAAGUAACCCUGAUUACCAAUAUGUUGCUGCUGUAAAUGACAUGGUUGAUCCAAGUAGUAGAAAAUCUAAUCGACGAAAAAGUAUGAGUAGUGAAGCAAGUCAACAAGGAACAGAGCCUUUGGUAUUCCAUAAGGAGAUUCAGAGUAAUUUUAAAGCCUUGCAGGGGCAUUGUCACAGCCACAUUACCAGCAAAAUUGUGGUGUCUGCUUCAGCUGUUGGCCAAAAUUAUGGUGACUUUGAUGGGUUCUCCCCUGAGAUGCCAGUUCAUAAGGAAAGAACAUUUGUUUCUGACAUGCCUUUCUUACAGCCAGAAGAUCUAAUAUUUCAGUUGUCAGGUUCCAUUUGUUCUCAUCAUGGUAACAGCAUGCCACGUGCAAUUUCUGAUUCAAAGCUACAGGAGAAUGGAGGGAAGUGUGCAUACCAUACUCAGGAAGGAAUGAACUUGUCACACCCAUUAAACUUUACAUCGGCUGAAUUGUCAGUGUUGAAGAGCUCAGCCAGUGAAUUCAAACGUUUGGUAGAUAACGAAGUGCAGGACCCCAAGAACUGCCAACUUGGCAACAAUGCCGCUAGUCAUCUUGUCACGAGUCAAGCAACUGUCGAAAAUCAGGUUUGUGCUUUGACAGGCCAAUCCAAGAUGAUAGUUGAAAUGGAAGCCAGCGUCUACGGUUUGCAGAUCAUUAGAAAUGCUGAUCUUGAAGAACUACGGGAAUUGGGAUCUGGUACAUAUGGAACUGUUUUUUAUGGAAGAUGGAAGGGAUCAGAUGUUGCUAUAAAGAGAAUUAAAAAAACCUGCUUUGCAGGGAGAUCAUUAGAGCAAGAUCAAUUGACAAAAGACUUUUGGAGAGAGACACAAAUCCUUUCAGAUCUUCAUCAUCCAAAUGUUGUUGCAUUCUAUGGGAUUGUACCUGAUGGAGCAGGAGGGACAUUAGCCACUGUAGCUGAAUAUAUGGUGAAUGGAUCCCUCAGGCAUGCCCUACUUCAAGAGGAUAGAUCACUUGACUGGCUUAAGAAGCUUAUAAUUGCCACAGAUGCAGCUUUUGGCAUGGAAUACUUGCAUUCAAAGAAUAUUGUCCAUUUUGAUUUGAAGUGUGACAAUUUGCUAGUUAACUUGAGGGAUGCUCAACGACCUAUAUGUAAGGUUGGAGAUUUUAGACUGUCAAGAAUCAAACGCAAUACGCUGUUAUCUGGAGGUGUGCGGGGAUCGCUUCCAUGGAUGAUACCAGAAUUGUUGAAUGGUAGCAGCAGCCAGGUUUCUGAGAAGGUUGAUGUUUUCUCAUUUGGAAUUUCAAUGUGGGAGUUCUUGACCGGAGAGGAACCGUAUGCAAAUAUGCAUUGUGGUGCUAUCAUUGGUAAUUUUAUCUUAUGGUAUUUAUUCCUUGCUCUGGUUUCUAAUGGGAGUCCUGCGUAUGUAAUGAUGGAAGGGUAACAGAACCAUUUUCAUAUAAAAGAAAUUUUGUAUGCGAUGAUUGAAGGGAAAUGUAAGGAGU